AUGGCUAUUUCGGUAGACAGCCGCUUUGAAUGGAAGCUGACCCAGCCCGGGCGAUGGGAACGAGAUAUUGACGAGGCGGAAGAAUUCUACGCCUCGUUGGCAAAAGCCUAUGAAGGAACAGGAAGAGUCUUCUUUGCUAUGACCGGGUUCAUUUCAUUUUCCGUUACGGUUGAGCCAGGCACUCACUUCCUCGACACGGAGAAAAGAGUUGAGCAGGCGCUGAAAAAUGCCUGGAUUCGUCUGCGGUUUGACCACCCGACCAUCGCCUCCAGGGUGCAAUAUGACCCGGUUCAGGAAAGGUACAAGAAGACCUACCAGACCUUCACUGAUAGCGCAUCCCAGCGUCAAUGGCUGGAAGAUACGUUCUGCGUUGUAACAGAAAGAAUGUCAGGACUUGACUGGUGUAACUCCGAUCCCCCAGUCCCUGCUCUCCCGACGCUGUUCCUCGUGAAAGCCCCAGCCUCAAAGGACCAGACUUUCCGUGCUGAUCUUGUCCUCCGCUCGCAUCACGACAUCAUUGAUGGCAUGGGCACCUUGCUUCUCUUCAACAAUUUUUUCUCUAUUGCCGCCGAUGCAUACGAGCAAACCAAUUACAAAUUACCUCAAUUUGGCGAGGAGUGGUCAAGCCUCAGCCCGCCUCUCAGGGUAGCAGCCGGGAUACCAGCUUCCCUCUCGGCAGAGCAUGAAAAACAAAUGCAAGGAAUCCUCAAACACAAUGCCGCAUUGAAAGAAGGCAUUCAGAUAGCAAGCCCACCAUUCCAGCGUCAAAAUUCUCUCCCUGGAAAGCACCAACGGGUUGCAGUAACUUUAUCUGAGAAUAAAACAGCGGUGCUGCUUGAAAAAUGUCGCAAUCUGGGACUGAGCAUCACGCAUGCAUACCAUGCCGCGAUUGCGCUGGCUGUUAGGGACCUUCAGGAACGGAAAGAAAACGAGCGUAUGGUACGCUACGUCAGCUACUGCCUAGUCAACGAGCGUCAUCACUGCAAGCCCCCGUACAGCACAUCGGCUCAUCCCGCGUCAGUCUAUCACUCCGGCUCCGGUCCAUGUUUGGCCGUCGAUCUUGUCGUCCCCGGGCUACGGAGUUCGAAAGCUACUACAACCGACGGGGAAAGCUUCCUCCCCAUCGCUCAGCAUAUCCGCGAUUACUAUCUGGAAAUUCGCGGCAAUAGAGAAUAUAUCAAACUCGUUCCAAGCUUUUGGGCGAUGUCCAUCUUCCCAUAUCCUGGACCUGACACACCUGCAAUCCCGGCACGAAAUGAGACUCCUUCGGUGUCCAUUUCCAGUAUGGGCGUGAUAGACAAGGUCAUUCGCCAUAAUUACGGUAGCUUCAGCGUCGACGACCCUUGGGUUACUGGCGAGGAGCUAGGAACUGGACUUGGGGUGUUCCUGGAUACAUGGAAAGGGAGAUUGACUCUCAGUGCAGCGUAUAACGAUUCUUGGCAUGGAAAAGAGGAGGCCUUGGAUGUUUUGAAUCGGUGUAAUGACAUCGUGUUUCGGGGACUGGGUAUCUGA